AAUUGAUGCCUGCGUACUGUAGGUUGACAGUGGACAGGAAGUUCGAGUCCGGAAGUUGAUUUAUUUUGGUUGCUGAAGUGGUUAGGACUCGGAGUGGAACAUAUGCCUGAGUCUGUCUGCAUCUUUGGAAGGGACCAAUCACAAUGUCACCAGCACGUCCACCUCCUCUUGUUACUGGUAUCUCCCCUAAUGAAGGGAUAGCUGGGAAGAAGGUCACCAUCCGGGGAGAAAAUCUAGGAACUGGGACUGCCGAUCUGAUAGGCUUAACCAUUUGCGGGCACAACUGCUUGCUUACUGCUGAAUGGAUAUCUGCCAGCAAAAUUGUUUGUCGCGUAGGACCUGCCAAAAACGACAAGGGAGAUAUUAUUGUGACAACAAAAUCUGGAGGAAAAGGCACAUCUACAGUGUCAUUCAAGCUGUUGACCCCUGCAAAAAUAGAUUUUUUGGAUCAGUCUGCUGUUUGGAUUGAUGAAAAGAAUGAUUAUGAUUUGCGAACUGGAAGGAACAAAGGUGUUUCUCCCUUGUCUCUUCGGCCAGCGAACCCUCUUGGCAUUGAUAUCGAAAGAGGCAAAGUUCCAGAAAAAGAUCUGGAGGGUCUGUUUCCUGGGAUGAGUGGAGAUUUCACUAGUGAAAACUUCUCCGCUACAUUGUACUUGCUGGAGAAUCACUCUUCUACCAGCUUUGACCAGCUUAAAAUAGCUGCCAACAAUCUGAGAAAGCUUGCCAAUAGGAAGAAUGAAGGCAGCCUGUCUUAUGUUAAAGGUGGACUAAGUACAUUCUUUGAGGCUCAGGAUGCACUUGCAGCUAUACACCAGAAACUGGAAGUGGAUGGAACAGAAAAAGUGGAAGGGUCCAUGACGCAGAGACUGGAGAAUGUACUGAACCGUGCUAGCAAUACUGCAGAUACUUUGUUUCAGGAGGUUCUGGGGAGGAAGGAUAAAGCAGAUUCUACUAGAAAUGCACUCAAUGUCCUUCAGCGUUUCAAAUUUCUUUUUAAUCUUCCAUUGAACAUUGAGAGGAAUAUUCAGAAGGGUGACUAUGAUGUUGUAAUAAAUGACUACGAAAAAGCAAAAUCACUAUUUGGGAACACAGAAGUGCAAGUGUUCAAAAAAGUUUAUGCUGAAGUGGAAACACGAAUUGAAGCCUUGAGAAAACUUCUUUUGGACAAGCUGCUUGAAACUCCAUCAACAUUACAUGACCAAAAACGAUAUAUAAGGUAUCUCUCUGAUCUCCAUGCUCCUGGUGAGCCUGCAUGGCAGUGCAUUGUAGCUCAGCACAAGUGGAUCCUUCAGCUAAUGAGGAGUUGUAGAGAGAAUUAUGUCAAAAGUCAAAAAGGUAAUUCUUUGCUUCACAGUCCCAUGUUAGACCCGGAUAGUGACAUACGCAGUUCUGUCAGUCGUUUGAGCCAAACUGUACCAGUGAAGAGAGGUGGUAGCUUCCAAUCCACAAGGGAUGACACUUGGUGUUACAAGAUCCCACAGAAGGUUGCAUUUAUUGAUAACCUGACUGAGAUUGUCGUAAGUCAACUUCCUAACUUUUGGAAGCUCUGGAUUUCCUAUGUGAAUGGAAGUCUUUUCAGUGAGGCAGGAGAGAAAUCAGGCCAAGUGGAAAGAUCAAAGAAGAAUGCCAGACAAAGACAGAGUGACUUUAAGAACAUGAUCCAAGAGAUGAUGACAUUACUGGAAAAACUUAUCCGUGGUGCUUUGCUUUCACGAAGUUUGAAGGAGGUGGAGCGUAACCAAUAUGGAGGCUGGGAAGUGAAAUCAGAACUGUCUGGGCAGUGGCUGACCCAAAUCAUUCAUACUGUUCGACUUUGUAAUGAAUCACUGACAGCACUUGAGAUCCCGAAUGACAUGCUACAAGUUAUACAAGAGCUUAUUUUAGAUCUUCGAGUAUUCUGUCUUAAGAUUACAUUGGAGCAAACGGCUGAAGACAUGAAGAAACUGGCUGAGAAAGAAGACUGGGUUGUUGAUAAUGAAGGCAUCACUUCUUUGCCAUCUCAGUUUGAGCAAUGUAUUGUGCAGACCCUUCAGUCACUACAAGAAGUCAUAGAUUGCAAACCUGGUGAAACAAAUAUUUUUCAGCAAGAAAAAAAUCAAAAGGAAGUUGCUGAAAUUUGCACUACUAUUAUGAGGGGAUUUAUAGACAGUUUGGAACACCUAAGCAUUAAACCUGAUGGUGACAUUGAUACAUCUCAUAUUUCAGGUGAUAUUUCAUCACCAGAUUUAUUUGGGAGCAUUCAUGAAGACAUUAGUCCAACUGCAGAGCAGAGGCUUCUGAUUGUUCUUAGUAACUGUCACUACUUGGAUCGUCAUACUUUCCUAAACUUAGCUGAACACUUUGAGAAGCAUGGAUUUAAAGGAACAGAAAAUAUUAUAAAGGAGAGCCUGAGAUACCUCAAAGAUUUGGAUCAAAAGUUGUUUGAAACAUAUAUUGAGUCAAAAGCAGAUCCUGUAGUCGGAUCUUUGGAACCUGGAAUUUACGCAGGUUAUUUUGACUGGAAGGAUUGUCUUAUUCCCGCUGGUGUCCGAAACUAUCUGAAAGAAGCAUUAGUCAGUAUUAUUGCUGUGCAUGCAGAGGUUUUCUCAGUUUCUAAGGAACUGGUUCGAAGAAUGAUGGCCAGAAUUGUGGAGGCUGUAGCAGAGGAAAUCAGUCGUUUGAUGCAGUGUGUAUCUUCCUUUAGCAGAAAUGGAGCCUUACAGGCAAGGCUUGAAAUUUGUGCCUUGCGAGAUGCUGUGGCAUUUUAUCUCACUCCAGCAAGCAAUCGCAGCUUCAAGCAAGCUUUGGAAACCUUGCCAACGCUGUCCAGUGGAGCAGACAAAAAGUUGCUUGAAGAACUCCUGAAUACAUUUAAAAGCAGUAUGCACCUACAACUAACUUGUUUUCAAGCUGAAUCUUCAGGCGUAGUGAAAACAUGAGCAGCAACAUUCAAGAUUUUCAAAAGAUUUGCACUGGAAAUAGGACUUUGCAUCAUUUCUUGUCUUGUGUUCUCAUCUUAGGAAUUAUUCCAUUUAUUUUAAGAUAUUCUGAUGCUCAAGACUGUCAUGCACAUUCUACAUACAUUGCUUCUGUUUGUUUGCUUUCACAUGCCUGGAAAAGCGUACAGAACCAAACUUGCAGAUAUUACAGAUGUUCGUGGGAAACGCAUCUAAAAAUGUCCUGCUACCAAGUUAAACAUGAAAUUGCUUGGUUUGCUUUCCCGAUGAAAUAAUGUGCUAUACAGUGUAUGUGAUUAAAAUAUAUUGUCACUGUAUAUUAA